UUAGCAAAAUUUAUUAUGUAAAUUUAUUUAACUGAUUCAUUAGCACUGUCUCAGCGUGUCUGUAUGUGAUUGUAUCGGCUUGUUUCAUAACAGUGCAAACCUGCGUUUUGGGCCUUUUUUUCGCCCCUUUAACAUUGAGGAAAUUUUUUGCAAUUCAAUUGCGUCGAAGUUUGGACUUACGAACACACAAACAACAACAGAACAGAGAAAUAGAAUCACAACUACAAAAUGGGAAACAAUGGGAGUAGCAAGGCCGAUGCCGAUGGCAGCGAACCACCGCUGGAUGGUGGGAAGCAUAAACAACAUCAUCACAAAUCAAGCACACACUCUUCUAACAGUAACAACAAUGGCAGCAGCGACGUUGUUGUCAGCAACAGCAGCGUCAACAGCGGCGGCAGCAGCAAUAACAGUCUCAAGGUGCAGCCGUCACAAACGCAAACAAUGACGAGAUCGGCAUCGGGCGCGGAUGUAACGGAAAAGUAUCUGACCCAGCUGGUGCCCGUGGACAGAUUGGCCGAAAUAUUGAAGGAACAGACGAGUGCCAAAUACGGCAUUAAUGGCAUAGUCUCCAAUGUAUUUGUGUCUCAAGUGUUUCCACAAUAUACUGACUUGGGGCACCGCCUAUUCCAACUGAUGCACACGAACUCCAAGGCGACCACAAAGCACUUGGGAACCGUCGCCUUUCGACAGCAAUGCGAACGCUUUCUGGGUAUCAUGGACGAUGCCAAAAUCUUGGAGAGCUACAUUAAAAUGUAUGCCCAGGAAGAUAAUCCCGAUUUCAUCGACAAAACCGGCGUCACAAGGCUACUGCACAUCUGCUACACGAUUGCCAUGCAGCACUCUGGUAAUGCGGUGCUUUGCACAGCCAUAAAUCGCACAUUUGGCUCAGUGACCAAGUCGAUAUUCUUCAGUCACGACAGCCUCAGCUUGGGCUAUGUUUGCCGCUGGUUCGAGCAAAAUUUAAUACGUCUAGUGCUGCUGGUGCACAAGUAUUGCGUGCACACGCUUUCCACUGCGUAUCGUGGCCUCGAGCAGCAAACGCAAUCGUGCGGCAUUGAGCUGCAGACUCCGGUGCUGGAGCAGCGCAAUCCAUUUGCAUCCCCAGGCGCAGCAGCAGUGGAUGCCACGGAUCAUAUUGGAAGCCUGAUUGAGUCCCUGAUGCCGCUGUCACAGGCCUGGUUGUUGGCCGGCGCCUUGCCACCGUUGUACUCCAAGCCGCAGACUAUUGUGCCACCGAAUAGCAGCAACAAUAGCAGUGCCUCGUCAGCUGUACAGAUAUUCAAGGAGAAACUAUCGAUGAUGCCUUCGCAUUGGACACUGCUAUACGAUUCCAAUGAGCAUGGUGUGGGUGCUAAUCGUUUUUUGCACCAUGUUCUCGGCUACCGUGGCCCAACCCUAGUUCUGUUGCAUACCAAGGAUGAGCAAACCUACUGCAUUGCUGCACCCAGUGAGUGGAAGGAGACACAUUUGUUUGUCGGUGCCGAAGGCAGCUGUGUCAUUCAGCUGCUGCCAAAAUUUGUGAUACUGGAAAAGAAACCGAACAUUUUGUACCUUAACACCAGCAUACGCGGCUAUCCCAAGGGAUUGCGCGCCGGGGCUGAUCCUCGCAAACCCAUCCUGUCAGUCGAUGAACACUUCGAGAAUGUGGAUUGCAAGGGUAUCGCUGCAUGUCUCAUGUCAAUUGAGGUCUGGGGAUGCGGCGACAAAUCAUCACGCGAAGUGCAAUUGGACAUAAAGAAAUGGCAAAUCAAGGAAGCGGAACGUCAACGUACUGUCAAGUUAACAGCCGCUGAUUGGAUGGAUCAUCCGGAUCGUUAUCUGCUCGAAUUGGGCGGAAGGCAGAAUUACAACAACUAAGCACAACUAUCACUUAUAGUUAAUGUUGUUGUUAUUUACGUUGCGUGUAUUAAUACGAAAGCAAUCGGAGUCAUCGGUGUGCCUUUUUUGAAUUCAAAAACGCGAGAUGAAAAUACGGGGAAUAUUUUUAAAAAUAAUAAUUAUGCUUGAUUAUUCUUUCAUUUGUUCAUGCGCACCACAAGAUGAUUAAACACUGGACUGAAUUGUUUGUACGUUGAUGUUGAGUAAUAACCGAAUUUUUGUAAUGUUUCUUGCUUUCGUUUAAGCGCAAUUUGAUUUCGAUUGAUAUUCUUUUUUUAAUCUAAUAUGCUUGUAAUGCCAUUUAAAUUGUACUUGAUUAUGUUUUUACUUUUGUAUGUACUUAACAAAAGAAACGUUGUCCUUGUCGCCAGUUCUGUAUUGUUUAUAUUACUAAUCGUCAUCUGAUAUUGCAAUCUUAAUUGUCAGGUAAUUUAGAUUUCCCGUUUAUCUCUAUAUUUGCCUUCAUUUUCAUUUUUGGUUUUUAUCUUUAAAUGCAAGUAUUACGAAAAGACAAAAAUGCUUAAAAUAAAAAAUACAAUAAUAAACAUAAUCAAAUGUUGCAACAAAAAAAAUGGAAAUAAAUCUUUUUAUGACUGGGCGCUGAUUUCGUGAAGUCGUUAAAAUAAUUUGACGUGGCUUAUCAGUCAGUCACAACUCAUUAAUGGGUUAUCUUACAGCACAUACAGACAAGAAAGUGUUGAUUCAUGAUUCACGUAUUUUGUUUAUCUAAUAAAAAGGGUUUGAUAAAAACCGAAUAUUUAAAAUUGGUUUACUAUACAGAAAUCUAAAUCAACAAAAGAUAUUAAUAAAUUUAGCAAUUAUUUUCAUACUUUGAUCAAGCCAAUGAAGAAACAUUCUGAAUAUAUUUUUAAAACUUUCAUCUUGAAAAAAAAUAAAGGCAUGAUAAUCGUUCUUGACGACUACUAAAAUCAAACAGACUCAAUCACUUUUUAGAUUACUUAGGGGUAUUUUCAAAAUAAGCGAUAAAUAAGCAUAUUAAAAAUAAAACAAAUUAUUAUAUUGUUUUGCAUAAAUGAGCUAGUGUAAAAAAAUAUUCGAUUAAAUGAAUCAGCCAAUUUAAAAUUAGAAACCAAAAUAUAAAAAACAUAAUUUCAAUUGGUUUUGCAUAAUUAUAUUAUUGAGAAUUACAUUAUUUUUACAGAAUAUAAGUAUGUUUUCAAGAGAAAUUACGCCCUUUUCUGACCGGCAGUCACAUAAUUCACAUUCGUUUGCUUUAAGUGUAUCAAAUUGUUCUAUUAUGCAACAGACAAACAAAGUACGGAGUACCGAAUACGGCGCACUGAACAUGAUAUACAACUAGGCUAAUAGAGACACCAACUACUGACGUCCAUAGAUCAAACAUUUACUAUCAUAUGUAUCUAACUGCAUGUUGCAUAUGGGUUUUCUGGGUAUUUGUAUAAGUAUGAACUUCUAAUUGUCUAAGAAUUUCAUAGUAAAAAACAGAGCAUAUUCUACAUAGCUAUAAAAAAUGUUUUGCAGCCCUUCGUUUCGAUAUAUAUUGCAUACAUAUAAUGAAGAUUCUUUGGAAUUACAUAUAGGCAUGUGAUGCGCGUGUAAAAUUUUCACAUAUGCAGCUAGGGUACAAAUAGAUCAUAUAUACACAUGUAUACAUGUAUAUAUGGUGUGUAUAUUUCUAAAUCAGUUGUUUGCUUUCGCAUCCAAAACUAAGGCCACGCAAUUUGAAAACUCCCAAUUUGAUUGGGUUGCCAAAUGAACAGUCGGUUGUUAAUAUGUAUGUGAGUAUUUGACACUAAUAAUAUUGCUUAUAAAAGCGGAAAAGAAACAAAAAGUGAAAGGAAUUGAUGCUUCGCUAAUUUUGAUAAGUAUAAAUUGGAGAGAAAUCAUAAAUAAAUAUCGUUGCAUCAUUAUCUUGCAUUGAUCUAGGUGAUGUACUCUCUAUCGCGACGACGUCGCGUAGUGGAUGCAACAACUAUAACUGGCAUCUGCUCAAUAUUGUCCGCAUUCGAGACAUCGUCAUCGUCAACGUCUUGACCAUCAUCGUCGUCGUCAUCGUCAUCUAUAUUGUCA